AAUUUUCUUAUCUCACUCUCUUCUUUCUUUCUUUAUUUCUCUCUUGAGUUCUUGCUUUUCCCCUUCUUCAUUCUUCUUCUUCUUCUUCCAUUAAUUUCCUUUGUCCCUUUCUUCUUCAUUGCUUCUGUCUUAAACGAGUAAAUACACCGACACCUUCAGCAUCAACGGCUAUGAUGGAAACAAUGGAGUCGACUGUCCCACCUGGUUUCCGGUUCCAUCCAACGGAUGAGGAGCUUGUUGGGUAUUACCUGAGGAAGAAGGUUGCGUCACAAAAGAUCGAUCUGGACGUAAUCAGAGAUAUCGAUCUGUACAGGAUCGAACCGUGGGAUCUCCAAGAGAGAUGUCGGAUCGGUUAUGAAGAGCAAAAUGAGUGGUAUUUCUUCAGCCACAAGGACAAGAAGUAUCCGACAGGUACGAGGACUAACAGAGCUACCAUGGCUGGGUUUUGGAAGGCGACGGGCAGAGACAAGGCAGUGUAUGAUAAGGCCAAACUCAUUGGCAUGAGAAAGACCCUUGUUUUCUACAAGGGUCGGGCACCAAAUGGGCAGAAAACCGACUGGAUCAUGCAUGAAUACAGGCUUGAAUCUGAAGAAAAUGGACCUCCACAGGAAGAAGGAUGGGUGGUAUGCAGAGCAUUCAAGAAGCGAACCACUGCCCAAAACAAGAGCAUGGAAGGGUGGGACACAAGCUACUUCUAUGAAGAACCGACUGGGGUCAGCUCAGUGGUGGAUCCAAUUGAAUUCAUCUCAAGGCAGCCCCCAAACUUUUUAGCUCAGAAUUUAAUGUGUAAGCAAGAGAUAGAAAGUGAUAACUUGAGUUUCAUGCAAUCUGAUCAGUUUGUUCAGCUUCCUCAGUUAGAGAGCCCAUCUCUGCCACUAAUGAAGAGGCCAAGCUCAAUAUCUUUCAUAUCAGAAAAUAAUGAAGAAGAAGAACAAAUAAACAAAAGGUGCAACGACACCAAGAAAGUGACCGACUGGAGGGCGCUUGACAAGUUUGUAGCUUCUCAAUUGAGUCAAGAAGACAGAUUUGAGGGAGACGGAGAGUCAAGCUUUGGAGCACAUCAUAACUCGGAUUUGGCAUUGCUGUUAUUGCAGAGCAGUCGGGAUGAAGAAGGGAAGUUGAAUGGAUUCUUGAACUCGAGUUCGGACGACUGUGACAUUGGGAUAUGCAUAUUUGAGAAAUGAAGUUAGGAUAUCAGGAGAUUUCUAUUUGUGGUUAUUAUAAAUGAAUGAGGGUUUAUGUAUCUUGGAGAUCGGGAAAUAUUCCUGUAAAAUAUGGUUGUGAACGAGUGAAGACAUGCAUCUCUCUCUCUCUCUU